AUGUGGUCAACUCUAGAAGGCUUUACCGAUGCCAUUGUCCCCCGCAUCUGCUUGCCAGUCAGCUGUGGUCAACCCCACCUGUUCUUCGACACCACUGUCACUGGCAAGUCUUUGGGGUGCGUCUCCAUUGAGCUAUUUGCAGACAGCAGAAAACUUCUGUGCUCUGAGUGCUGGCAAGGAUUUGGGUUACCAGGGUUCCGGCUUUCACAGGAUUAUUCCAGGGUUUAUGCCUGCUUUCACCAGAUUAUUCCAGGGUUUAUGUGUCAGGGCACUGACUCCUCAUGCCAUCAUGGCACUGGGGGCAAGUCCACGUUUGGAGAGAAAUUCGAUGAUGAAAACUUCAGCCUGAAGCACACAGGUCCUGGCAUCCUAUCCUUGGCAAAUGCUGGCCCCAACAGAAACGGUUCCAGGUUUUUUACCUACACUGCCAAGACUGAAUGGUUGGAUGGCAAGCAUGUGGUCCUUGGCAGAGUGAAAGAGGACAUGAGUAUCAUGGAAGCCAUGGAGCGCUUUGGGUCUGAGCAUGGCAAGACCAGCAAGAUGACCAUUGCCAACUGUGGACCACUCUCAUACAUCUGAUUUGCUUUAUCUUAACCCUCAGCCCACUCCUUCUGUAGCUCAGGAGAGUGUCCUCCAUCCCAUCUGCUCGGGAAUCGCUGUACUUCUCUCACCGCAGCUCUUUGGAUUCUGUGUUUUCCUUACUUCUCCUCUAAGUUUAGCGGGAUUGCAGUUAAAGUUAUGAUUAUGAAAUAAAAACAUAAAUAAAAAGAGGAACACUAGCUAACUAAUCAAAUAACAUGUAAAAAUAAUUAUAUACCAAAAAACACAAAGAAUUAUAUACCAUGACUAAAUGGGAUGCAUCCUAGAUAUGCAAGAAUGGCCCAACUUCCAAAAAUCAUUAGGGUCUGGCAUUAUGGUAAGGUAAGCCACUACUUGAGACACUGGCAUCCACAUCACUGUGCUGAUUUGAGUCCUGGCUGCUUGGUUAAUGGCCCAGGUACUUAGGCCCCUGCCUCCCACUGUGGGAAACCUGGAUGGAGUUUCUGGCUUCUGCUUUCUGCCUGGCUCAGUCAUGCCUGUUACAGUCAUUUGGGAGUGAACCAGCAGAUGGAAAAUA